UGUACAUUUGAUGGCAAAAUGGAAGACUUCUGUAAAAACUGCACCAUUUACAUCAUAUGGCACAUGGCUUAGAAAGUAUAUGUAUGUACCCAGUCUCUGUUGCCUUUCCCCCAGUCUUUGAGGGUGGAUAAAUCAUAUUAGCUGAAGAUAUGUGAGUGCAGAUACUAUCCCCAUGAGGCUUCAUGUCAUAUCAGAAUGAAAGAACACAUCAGCAGUUAAUAGUGUGCAUACAUGGUUCUUGAUGUGGAUAAAUGUGUUGUUGUGAACUAGCACAAUAUCUAAGAUGAUAAUUCAAAAAAUUAGAAUGGCCAAAAAUUGGUAAGCUCCACUAACGCACAACUAUUUAACUUCUAUCUGCAGAAUGACAGAAAUGAGAGAAAUGGCUAACCAAUCUACUCCAACAGAGUUCCAUCUCAUGGGGUUUUCUGAAACUCGUGAUAUGCAGAUUUUGCAUUCUGCAAUAUUUCUCUUCAUUUACUUAACAGCCUUAGUAGGAAAUUCUCUCAUCAUCACAGCUGUGGCCCUAGACCGCCACCUUCACAGCCCGAUGUACUUCUUUUUGAUCAACCUGUCAUUGCUUGAUGUUUGCUCCAUUUCCAAUACUGUACCCAAAUCCAUCACCAUUUCAUUGACAAACAACAACAUGAUUUCUUUUGCCGGAUGUGUCACACAGGUCUUCUUAGUGGUCACAUUUGUUGGUGGGGAGCUUGCCUUGCUCACUGUUAUGGCUUAUGACCGUUAUGUAGCAAUCUGUCGUCCACUGCAAUAUACCUUAAUCAUGAAUUGGGAUGCCUGCAUGCAAAUGGUAGCUGCUUCCUGGAUAAGCAACCUGAUUCAUGCAGUAUUGGAAACCAGUUUUACUUUCGUGCUAAAUUUCUGUGGGACCAAUAUCAUUGGACAAUAUUUUUGUGACAUUCCUCAAUUGCAAAAGAUUUCUUGCAGUGAUACAAAUGUGAAUCAAGUUCUGAUUUUUGUCCUUGGGUUUUUUAUUGACUCUUUUUGUUUUGCAUUUAUCUUUGCUUCCUAUGGCUACAUCUUCUCUGCUGUGCUGAGGAUCCCAUCAGUCCAAGGCAGAUAUAAAGCUUUCUCUACCUGCACUCCUCACCUGACUGUCUUUUCUUUAUUCAUCACCACAGGUGUGUUUUCAUACAUGAGGCCAAAAGCACUUUCUUCCCCCACAGUGGACUUGGUUUCUGCUGUGUUAUAUACAGUUUUGCCACCAGUUCUUAAUCCCAUUAUUUAUAGCCUUAGGAACAAGGACAUCCAACUAGCAGUCUGGCAAAUACCCAGAAAACUGAAACAUCUCAUUGCAUGAUUCAUCACUUCCAGAUUUUUGGAAAAAUGGGAACACUUAAUGUAUAUCUGAGGUUGAAUUUAGGAAAUUAACUGUAUUUCUUCACCUUUGAAAUAGAGGAUUUCAUAAUAUUAACUAUUUAUCAUAUUAAAAGGCUCCUUGCCAUUUUCACAAAUUUAGGGACAGAAAAUAUGUCGAUCUUAUUAUUUCUUCAGUUAUGGGCCAUUAUUGUUGCUGCUGCAGUGUUGCAGAGAACUAUCUUGAUUGUAUCUUAUGUAGACAUUUUCGAAAGAAUUAUGUUUUUGUGUUGUUACUCACAAAUCUGACUCUCUUAAAAUUGAAGCCCUGGUAUUUGCUUUAAGAUAUGCUUGUCUAGUUUCUCGUUAAACGUAGUGAAUGUAUGACAGAGGGUGCUGUAGAUUAACAAUACAAAUAAUAAAUAGUUAUUGGGUGAAAACUGUUACCCCUACAAAGCUGCAAUAUCCAGAUUUCCUGGGGAGGGGGUUGAAUGUUAAAGCACUUUGGGAAUGCCAAGGUGGGAAUGGAGGGAACAGAAGGAUCUGUGAUUCUCCAUCUGGUAUAUAUGCAUGUGGGGGCAUGGGGAAUGGAUUCUUGGACAUGGCUUAGGGUAAAUAAAAACAAAAACCCAUAAGCAUGUUGGUGGAAUGAAUUGAAAUAGAUGUGAUACACAAUUUACAUUACAAAUUCUUUUUUAUUCGUUUUUAUUGAUUUUAACAUUUUUAUCUUGAUCACAGUAACAUAAUCUCAAAUAUAAAGACAAACCCAAAUACCCCCCUCCCCCCAUGACUUCACUCAACUUCCUCUUCUGGUUUGUUGCAUAAUAAUUUCCCUGCUUUUUUUGGUUAUAUCUUAAUACCGUGGUACCUCGGCUUACGGACUUAAUCCAUUCUGGAAGUCCAUUCUUAAACCCAAGCGUACUUAAACCAAGGCUUGCUUUCCCAUAGAAAGUAAUGGGAAAUGGAUUAAUCCAUUCCAUACGAUGAAAAACAACCCCUAAAACAGCAAUUCAACAAUAAUUUUACUGUCUAACGAGACCAUUGAUCCAUAAAAAGAAAGCAAUGGACCAGGCUGCAAUCUACUACCCAGUAUAAAAGCCCUUACCCUGACCAUGCCAUCCUGUGCCCUGUGAGGGAA